AUGCCAGGGACGAAUCCAGAAAUGACGAUCCCGGCCUCAACACCCGGCGAGAGUGCCCCUCUAGCAGCAAACACCACCCCGAUCGACCCGCCCAGCACGGUGAAUCCAGUGAUCAUGGCCACCUCGAGACGGGAGAGCAUCGCCACUCGGGAUCAGGAUCCAGUCACCGUGGCCCUCAAGCAGUUUGUGAACGAUGACCGCCACUUCAGUCUACUCAGAAACUUUCGACUCGCAGACCUGAUCACGAUCUUCAACGGUGUAUGCGGCUCACUCUCGAUAUUCUCCUCGGCGUACUUCCUGAUCACGCUCGAUCUAGACCACCUCAAGCGGGCCUGUCUGUUACCGAUCUUCUCGCUCGGGUUUGACUUUCUAGACGGCAAGGUAGCACGGUUCAGGGGGGAGUCCUCGGUGCUUGGGCAGGAGCUAGACUCGCUAGCCGACCUGAUCUCGUUUGGCGUGGCCCCAGCGCUCGUCGGCUUUACCAUCGGCCUACGACACCCCACCGAUAUCCUGAUCCUCACCUUCUUCGUCUGUGCCGGACUGACCAGGCUGGCCAGGUUCAACUCCACCGCCGCGUUCAACCAACGCAUCAGAGCUGUCGACGAGCCCCAGCAAGCCGGUGCUAAGAAAAGCUCGAACUCGUUCGAAGGACUGCCCAUUCCCACUAGUCUGUGGCUCGUCGCCGCCAUGUACGAGUCCAUCAGGCGCGCCCAAAUCGAACUCCCUCUCAUCUACCAACACCUCCUGUCCGACCAGAACUCUUCUCUCUCCGCCAAUCUUGAGAAUUCUCGGUGGCUCAAAACUGUCCAUCUUAAUGGCAAUCAACUCCUCGGCGGUCUCGUCCAAAACUCAUUCGGUGUUCAGGUCCAUUGGUUCAGUUUCGCGUUUGCUGGAUGGGCUUUCUUGAUGCUCUCAAAAACUUUCAGAGUGCCCAAGCUUUGA